AGCCGCGCUCGCUGCCCGGGUAACGGGCCCCGCGGCGGAGUCGGAGGCGCCAGCGCCGUUAUGGACCUGGAGGAGGCGAAAGAGUUCAAAGAGCGAUGUACUCAGUGUGCUGCAGUGUCUUGGGGACUUACUGAUGAAGGCAAAUAUUAUUGUACUUCUUGCCACAAUGUUACAGAAAGAUCUAAGGAAGUGAUAAACACUGGGGCUAUUCCUAACACUAAAAUACAAGCCAUCAACCGGGGACUCAAAAGGAAACGAAAACUCGAGAAAGGCUGGGAUUGGUACGUGUGCGAAGGUUUUCAGCAUAUACUUUGUCAGCAAGCGGAAGCCUUGCAGACCCUGGGAGUGGGCCCAGAGUUAAAGGAUGAAGUCUUACAUAAUUUUUGGAAGCGGUACCUUCAGAAAAGCAAGCAAGCGUAUUGUAAAAACCCAGUUCAUACCAGCAGAAGGAAAACUACGGUGUUAGAAGAUAAUCCAAGCCAUUCCGACUGGGAUAGUGAGCCCGAGCUGCUGAGUGACUUCAGUUGUCCUUCAUUUGUUGAAAGUGGAGCAGAGUCUCAGCCUGAUGUCCACACUCAAAAGCCUUUCCGCAUCAUCAAAGCAUCACACUCAGAAACAUCUGUGUGUUCUGGAUCCCUGGACGGAGUUGAGUACUCGCUUCGAAAGGAUAAGGACAUUGUGAAGAUGACAGUGCCAAGGACGCUGGCCUUCUGCUACCUGUCCCUGCUUUGGCAGAGAGAGACAGUUACUCUCUCGGAUCUUUUGAGGUUUGCAGAAGAGGACUGUAUCCCUUACAUAAAUGCUUUUCAGCAUUUUCCAGAAGAGAUGAAACUCUACGGGCGUGACAAAGGAAUCUUUGCUAUAGAGUCUUGGCCUACCUAUGAAGACAUCUAUAAAAAAGUAAUUGAAGUGGCCACAUUUUUAGAUUUGCCGCGUUUUCCAGACAUAACUGAGGACUGCUAUCUCCAUCCCAACAUCCUGUGUGUGAAAUUCCUGAUGGAGGUCAAUCUCCCUGUCGAAAUGCAUGAUGUAACCUGCCAAGUGGUCAAAGUGACUGGAAUAGGAGAAGUGGAUUUUCUAACAUUUGAUCCUAUAGCUAAAAAGGGAAAAGCUGUUAAAUAUGAUGUGCAGGCCGUAGCUGUCAUCAUAGCAGCGCUGAAGCUGCUCUUUUUACUGGAUGACAGCUUAGAAUGGUCUUUGUCUAACAUUGCAGAGAAGCAUAAUGAAGGCAACAAAGAAGAUAAGCCGUGGUUUGAUUUCAGAAAAUGGUACCAAGUUAUGAAGAAAGCUAUUGAUGAGAAAAAGCAAAAAUGGGAGGAAGCCAGGGCGAAGUAUCUGUGGAAAAGUGAAAGGCCACUCUACCACUCGGCCAUCGACAAACCAGUGGUCUGUAAAAGAAGAGAAAUGGUGGUGAGUCUCCAAAAACAAUUUAGCACACUGAUUGAUUCCACACCCAGUGUUGAAAAAAGAAGCCCUUCAAGUUUUCAGUUCAACUGGACCGCAGAGGACAGUGAUAGAACCUGUUUCCAUGAACACAGCCUCCAGGGGGUCCUGAAGCAGAAAGGCCAGUUACUGACAACCAAGAAUUCCCUGUACUGGCUGAGUACCCAGAAAUUCUGUAGAAGCUAUUGCAAACAUGUGACAACCUAUGAAGAAUCGAAUUUUUCUCAGAGUUAUCAGUUUAUACUAAAUCUCUUCUCCUUCUUGCUAAGAAUAAAGACCUCCCUUCUCCAUGAAGAAGUAAGCUUGAUUGAAAAGAGACUUUUUAAAACAAAAUACACUAAAACAACAAAGAAAUCUUCAAGAUCCAGAAAAGCGAGAAAAAGUUGAGAAAAAACAAAUGGAGAAAUUGGGGCGGGAGGAGGGGUGCACCCAUGAUAUGUGGAAUUUCCUGGGCCAGAGAUGGAACCUGUGCCACAGUCAUGGCAAUGCCAGAUCCUCAACCCGCUCUGCCACAAAGGAGCUUCCAGAAAUAUUUUAAUAGUGAUAAUAAUGUCAAAUUGUGAUAUGCAUUCCAGAGAAUGGUGAAAAAUAGCAUUUAAUUGCACACACAUACAUACAUAGACACACACAUAUAUACAUACAUAUGUAUUAAACUGCGUAUAAAAUGUUUACUGGAAAAGAGGUGAACUUUGAAUUUA